AACAACCCACGGUCAAUCUUAUUUUACCUGCCUCCCCUCGCCCCAAUCAUGUUCCAGCAAAUCCCAGAUAGACUAGUUCAUUUAUAAUCAUUUCAAUUUCAAUCAUAUCUCUAAAAUUAAAGACUUUUUUUUUUCUUGUUAACGAUAAUCCUAUUAUCCCACUUAUUUCAGGUAAAGCUUUGGGGCAAUACUAUUUCAUAGUAGAUGGUGCAUACUUCCUACUGCAGCGCAUUAGGAGGCGCAUAGCACCCGGGGCUGCCGGAUUUGAGCCCACGACAGGAGCAGUCCCCUGUAGGGCUCCGGCACAGCAUCCUCGGAACGGUUCCUGAGGGGGCGGAGCUGGCUCUUAGGGGCAGCGGUGCGCGUGCGCAGGGAGGCGCCCCACCUCGGCUGCCGUAGUUCGCCGUUUCACGUGGGCGCCCGUCGUCAUGGCGGCCGUUCGGAAGCCAGUGCUGCUCGGCCUUCGAGAUGCUGCAGUGCGUGGCCGCCCCACGGGGCCUGGCGCCUGGACUGCCAGCAAGCUGGGCGGCCUUCCGGACGCCCUGCCCGCCGUGGCAGCGCCGAGGCCGGUGUGCGAACGUUGCAGGCAGCCGCUCGCCCUGGUCGUGCAGGUGUACUGCCCGCUGGAAGGCUCCCCGUUUCAUCGGCUCCUGCACGUGUUCGCCUGUCCCCGGCCGCGGUGCGGCAGCGGCGGCGCGCGCAGCUGGAGGGUGUUCCGCUCCCAGUGCCUGCAGGUGCGAGAGAACGAGGCGCUGGACGCUCAGCAGGAAAAUGGCCUCGCAGCUGAGGAUUGGUGUGAAGGUGCAGAUGACUGGGGAGGUGACGGUGAGGAGGCAUCUCCACCACAGCCUACCCUGGAUUUUGGAAAUGAUUCCAACAGUGCCAAAGACACAGACUGGACAGCCCAGCUCCAAGACCUCCACUUGCAGGAUGCCGUUCCGGGUGCUGCUCCUCCUGCGCCUCCUGGGGAAGGAGUGGCUUUGCCUUCUGUGGUGCCGCAGUUCCUGCCCUACUACAUCUGUGUCGUAGAUGAGGAUGAUUACAGGGGCUUUGUCAGUCUCGAUCACGCUCAUAGCCUUCUGAGGGAAUAUCAACAGAGAGAAGGAAUUGAUGUGGAACAGUUGCUUUCCCAAAGUCUUCCUAGUGAUGGUGAUGAAAAAUAUGAGAAGACCAUAAUUAAAAGUGGAGAUAAGAUAUUUUACAAAUUCAUGAAGAGAAUUGCUGUUUGUCAGGAGCAGAUUUUGAGGUAUUCCUGGAGUGGAGAACCACUUUUUUUGACCUGCCCUACAUCGGAAGCCUCUGAGCCCCCAGCCUGCAGCCACUGUGGAGUCCGAAGAACAUUUGAGUUUCAGCUUAUGCCAGCACUGGUCAGCAUGCUCAGAAAUGCUAACUUAGGUUUUUCUGUGGAAUUUGGAACAAUUCUAAUUUACACAUGUGAGAAGAGUUGCUGGCCUCAAAAUCACCAGACUCCCAUGGAAGAAUUUUGUAUUAUACAAGAGGACCCAGAUGAAUUAUUAUUUAAGUAGUGCAUUUCCUUUUAUUUGUAUAAAUUAAAUUUUAAUGUCCA